AUGCCUCUCGAUUCUCAGCAUCUCCUCAAAUCAACAAUCCAUCCCAUUCCCCUUGUUGAUCCCUAUUUCUCAACUUUUCACUCACUCUUGCCCACGCGUGAGCUCAGCGACCGACCCGUGCCGGCGUGUGAGAGAGAAAAAAAGGAGAAGAGACUCUCAAAUCUCGCUUUUUUUCCGUGUGUGCGUGUGCUUCUACAAAGGAAAUCAACAAUGUCCAAUCUCUACAGGAGCCCCUCGUCGGCUCAGACAAAUCUCGUCUACAAGAGCACUUCGGUGUCAGCCUUUGGUGCUCCGUUCGGCUCGAUGGCGGUCGCCGACUUGGGUUCACUCACGCGUCUCGAGGACAAGAUCCGUCUCCUUCAAGAGGAUCUCGAGUCGGAGCGUGAACUUCGCAACAGGAUCGAGCGCGAGCGUGCCGAUCUCUCGGUUCAAUUGAUCUCUCUCACCGAUCGCCUCGAAGAUGCCGAGGGAACCACUGAUUCACAGAUCGAGUCAAACCGAAAGCGCGAGGCUGAGCUUGUCAAGCUCCGCAAGUUGCUUGAGGAGAGCCAAAUCGAGUCUGAGGAUGCGAUGAAUCAACUGCGCAAAAAACAUCAAGAUGCCUGCCUUGACUACCAAGAACAAUCUGAACAACAACAAAAGAAAUAUGCAAAAGUUGAGCGUGAUCGUCAACGCCUUCAACACGAAGUGAUCGAGCUCACGCAAACAAUUGAUCAACUUCAAAAGGAUAAACACACUGCCGAGAAAGCCGCUGAGCGUUUCGAGGCGCAGGCUGUCGAACUCGCCAACAAAGUCGAUGAUCUAAACAAGCACGUCAACGACUUGGCUCAACAACGCCAGCGUCUGCAGGCUGAAAACAACGAUUUGUUGAAGGAGAUUCACGAUCAGAAAGUCACCAUCGACAACUUGCAACACGUGAAAUACACACUUGCUCAACAGCUUGAAGAGGCUCGCCGCCGUCUAGAGGACGCUGAAAGGGAACGCGCUCAACUCCACUCGCAACUCCACCAAGUUCAACUCGAGCUCGACUCAGUGCGCAACGCUCUUGAUGAGGAAUCGCAAGCCAGAGCUGACGCCGAGCACAAACUUUCUCUUGCUAACACUGAGAUCACUCAAUGGAAAUCGAAGUUCGACGCUGAGGUCCAACUCCAUCACGAGGAUGUCGAAGAACUCCGGAAGAAGAUGCUCCAGAAGCAAGCUGAGUACGAAGAACAAAUUGAGAUCAUGUUGCAAAAGAUCUCUCAACUCGAGAAAGCGAAGAGCCGCUUGCAGAGUGAGGUCGAGGUGCUCAUUGUGGACUUGGAAAAAGCCCACAACACGAUCGCUAUCUUGGAGCGCGCCAAGGAGGCACUCGAGCGCCAAUUGGCUGAGGCCAAGGUGCGCAUUGACGAGUUGACUGAAGAGGUUGAAGUGAUCGCGCGCGAGUUGCGUGCCGCGAAUGCCGAGUUGCAGAAGAUGAAGCACUUGUAUGAGAAGGCUGUCGAACAGAAGGAGGCGCUGGCUCGCGAGAACAAGAAAUUGCACGAUGACUUGGUUGAAGCAAAGGAGGCAUUGGCUGACGCAAACAGGAAGUUGCACGAGUUGGAUCUGGAGAACGCGCGCUUGGCCGGUGAAAUCCGUGAGCUUCAAGUGGCGUUGAAAGAGGCUGAUGCUCAACGACGCGAUGCCGAGAAUCGAGCUCAGCGCGCUUUGGCUGAGCUGCAGGCUCUCCGCGUUGAAUUUGAGCGCCGAAUGCAAGAGAAGGAGGAGGAGAUUGAGGCCUUGCGCAAGAAUAUGCAAUUCGAGAUCGACCGAUUGGCUGCCGCGUUGGCUGAUGCUGAGGCAAGGAUGAAGGCCGAGAUCUCUCGCCUCAAGAAGAAAUACCAAGCCGAGAUCGCCGAACUUGAGAUGACCAUCGACAACCUCAAUCGCGCCAACAUCGAGGCCCAGAAGACCAUCAAGAAGCAAUCCGAACAACUCAAAGUCCUUCAGGCCAACUUGGAAGACACCCAGCGUCAACUCCAGCAAACUUUGGAUCAAUUCGCUUUGGCUCAGCGCAAGAUCUCAGCGCUGUCAGCGGAAUUGGAAGAGUGCAAAUCGGCAUUGGACAACGCGAUUCGCGCUCGAAAACAAGCCGAGUUGGACUUGGAAGAAGCCUCGGUUCGAAUCCAAGACUUGAUCUCGAUCAACAACAAUCUCACCUCGAUCAAGAACAAAUUAGAAACCGAAUUGAGCACCGCGCAGCAAGAUCUCGAUGAGGUGACAAAGGAGUUGCACGCGGCUGACGAGCGAGCGAAUCGCGCUUUAGCUGACGCAGCAAGAGCUGUCGAACAAUUGCACGAGGAGCAAGAGCACUCGAUGAAGAUCGACGCGUUGAGGAAGAGCUUGGAAGAGCAAGUGAAGCAAUUGCAAGUACAAAUCCAAGAAGCUGAAGCAGCAGCGCUUUUGGGCGGAAAGAGAGUGAUCGCCAAGUUGGAGACGCGAAUCCGCGACUUGGAGACCGCUUUGGAUGAGGAGAGCCGCCGCCACAAGGAAACGAUCAACGCUCUUAGGAAGAAGGAUCGCCGCAUCAAGGAGGUUCAACAACAGGUGGAUGAGGAGCACAAGAACUUCGUGAUGGCUCAAGACACUGCCGAUCGUCUUCUCGAGAAAUUGAACAUCCAGAAGAGACAACUCUCCGAGGCUGAAGGAGUGACAAUGGCGAACCUCCAGCGAGUCCGAAGAUACCAACGGGAACUCGAGGAUGCCGAGGGACGUGCCGAUCAGGCCGAGGGCUCGUUGAACCUGAUCCGCGCUAAACAUCGUGGCACUGUUGCUGGUGGAAAGUCGGGAAGCAGGAUUUUCGUCGCAGAAGAGGACUAC